GUGGGGGGAGGCAGCACCAGCGGUGUGCGCAUGGGGUGAUUGUCAUGGUUACGCUCUGACAAAACAAAUGGCUCUGCUUCCUGCAGGCCACCUAAACAGCCAUCGCAAUGUGGGCAUUGAUCAAGCUGAACACCAGGGCAGUGAGCGCUGGGCUUGGGCACUGGAGCCUGGUCCUGGACGCCCUCUCCAGCAGCUCCAGGCACAGGCAGGCAGGCGCUGCGGCAGAUAGAGGGAGCAUUUGCCAGACACAUGUUGCUUCUGGGGCAAGGCCCUGAAGGCUGAGUAGCCAGCGGGAUGCCUGGCCUGCUGAACCUCAUCACCGGGGCAGCCCUGCCGCUCACCGCAUCUGAUGUCACCUCCUGUGUCAGCGGAUACGCCCUGGGCCUGACCGCCUCCCUCACCUACGGCAAUCUGGAGGCUCAGCCUUUCCAGGGCCUCUUCGUGUAUCUGCUGGAUGAGUGCACCACGGUGAUCGGCUUUGAGGCCGUCAUCGCAGACCGUGUCGUGAAGGUGCAGAUCAAGGACAAAGCCAAGCUGGAGAGCAGCCUCUUGGAUGCCUCCUGUGCCCGAUCCCCAACUGUCACAGGGACCUUUCUGCAAGAGGGGGUUCCCAUCGCCCCUCAUUCCUGCACACCGGGAAAGGUGGCCUUGGAUGAGGACUUGGAGCGGGUCCUGUUCGUGGUCAACUUGGGGACCAUCACCCCCAUGGAGAAUGUCACCAUCUUCAUCAGCACCUCAUCGGAGCUCCUGACGCUGCCCAGCGGGGCUGUGAGGGUCCUCCUGCCUGCCAUCUGUGCCCCGACGGUGCCUCAGUUCUGCACCAAGAGCGCCGGCCCUUCCCACCCACAGGCACAGGGCAAAGAAACACACUGCUACGGUGCCCAGGCCCUGGACUCCUGGAACAAGCUGUGCCUGGCGACUCUGCUGGACACCGAGGUGUCGAACCCUAUGGAGUAUGACUUCAACUUUCAACUGGAGAUCCGUGGGCCAUGUCUGCUUGCAGGGGUGGAGAGUCCCACACAUGAAAUCCGCGCAGAUGCAGCCCCAUCUGCACGCUCAGCCAAAAGCAUCAUCAUCACCUUGGCCAACAAGCACACCUUUGACCGGCCCGUGGAGAUCCUCAUCCACCCCAGUGAGCCCCACCUGCCGCAUGUCCUGAUGGAGAAAGGGGACAUGACCCUAUCAGAGUUUGACCAAUAUUUGAAGGGGAGAACUGAUUUCAUUAAAGGGACGAAGAAGGACAGCAGUGCGGAAAGGAAGACAGAAAUCAUCCGGAAACGCCUCCACAAAGACAUUUUCCACCAUUCGGUCAUCAUGCUUAACUUCUGCCCUGACCUCCAGUCUGUGCAGCCAAACUUGAGAAAGACCCACGGGGAGUUCAUCUUCCUCAUUGACAGGAGCAACAGCAUGAGUGAGACAAACUUCCACCGUGUCAAGGAUGCCAUGCUGGUGGCCCUGAAGAGCCUCAUGCCAAACUGCCUCUUCAAUGUCAUUGGAUUCGGAUCCAUGUUUAAGACGGUCUUCCCUUCCAGCCAGACCUACAGUGAGGAGAGCUUGGCCAUGGCCUGUGACAACAUCCAGAGUAUGCGGGCUGACAUGGGGGGCACCAACAUCUUCUCCCCUCUCAAGUGGAUCGUCCGGCAGCCGGUGCAUCAGGGCCACCCACGGCUGCUCUUCCUGAUCACGGGUGGUGCCAUCAGCAACACCGGGAAGGUGCUGGAGCUGGUUCGGAACCACGCUUUCUCCACCAGGUGCUACAGCUUUGGGAUUGGACCGAGCGUCUGCCAUCGACUGGUAAAAGGGCUGGCAUCCGUGUCCAAGGGCAGUGCUGAAUUCCUUGCGGAGGGGGAGCGGCUGCAACCCAAGAUGGUCAAAUCCUUGAAGAGGGCCAUGGCCCCAGUCCUGAGUGACGUGACUGUGGAGUGGGUCUUCCCCGAGACCACUGAGGUCCUGACGUCGCCUGCCAGCACCAGCACUCUCUUCCCGGGAGAACGGUUGGUGGGGUAUGGCAUUGUAUGUGAUGCCUCCUUGUACGUCUCCAAUCCCAGAUCUGACAAGAGGCGAAGGUACAGCUUGCUGCACUCUCAGGAGUCUGGCAGCUCCGUCUUCUCCCAAGAUGAGGGAGUUGGGCCAGACAGUGGAGACCGUGCCAAGAGCACGGGGGCACCCUUCAGCCUGGGGCAGGCCAAGGAUGCCUGGCCGUGCGAUGGAGACUCCAGCACUAACCACGGUCUGGACCUCUCCCGGCGACGGAGGGCAUAUAGCACCAACCAGAUCACCACCCACAAGCCGUGCCCAAGGGCCACCACUGCCAGUGAGCCCACAGCAUCUUCCAGGAGACACCCACUGCGGAAAGCCAAGCUGCAGGACCUCACCAAUCAGACCAGCCUGGAUGGCCAGCGGUGGCCGACUGAUUUGCAGAUACCCAAGCCCUCGCUGAACAGUGGCCAAGACCUGAGCCAGCGCCCCAAACUGCACGGCCCAGGAGCCCGAAGACCCUCUCUGCUGCCUCAAGGCUGCCAGCCCUUCCUGCCCUCUGGCCAGGAGACCUUGGCCUGGAGCCCCAUGAGGGAGCUGGAUCCCGGAUGCAGCCUGAAAUCUGCCCUGGACAGCCGCAGCCCCGGGGAUCAGGAACCAUCCUAUCACCCCUUCACCUUCGAGACUGAGACAUCUUCGGACUGGGAGCCCAUGGCUGAGUCCGAGGAGCGGGCCAGUCCCAGCAGGCCCAGCACCACCCCAGGCCCGGUGCUGGGCAAAGCCCUAGUCAAAGGCCUGCGAGAGGGCCAACGCGUGCAGUGGGAGGUGAGCUUUGAGCUGGGGCCACCCGGCCCGGAGCCGGGCAGCACGCCGGACGCUGACCUGUGGAAUGAGACCUUCCACCACCUGGCGGCCCGCGCCGUCAUCCGCGACUUCGAGCAACUGGCCGAGCGAGAGGAUGAAAUCGAGCAAGGGUCCAGUCGCCGCUACCAGGUGAGUGCCGUGCACACCAGCAAGGCCUGCAGUGUCAUCAGCAAGUACACAGCCUUCGUGCCCGUGGACGUGAGCAAGCGCCGGUACCUGCACACGGUGGUGGAGUACCCCAGCGCAGGUAUCACACAUCGGAUGGUCAGCCCCAGGGUCCUGACCCGACAGUCGAGGGGCAUACCUGCUGGCUUUGGCGGGCCCCAGAGCAUGCUGGGAGAAGACUUGGCCACAGGAGAUGGUACAUUUCAGACCCUAACCAUGGAGGAAAGGCCGACCUCGCCCUUCAGUGAGCUCCUGUCCCCCAGCCGAGAGAAGCACAUGGCUUCAGAAGGUCCCCUGCAACCUGCAAGCCUGCCUACCAACACCUUUUCCUCCACGAAGGCCUCGGAGACGCUCUUUGGUGCCAAGCUGAAUUUCAACAAGUCCAGGCUGCUGACUCGAGCAGCCAAGGGCUUCCUGGGCAAGCCGCUGGUCAAGACCGCAGAGUCCACUUCAGGAAGCCAGAGCUUUGACUAUGUCCCACUGGUGUCUCUGCAGCUGGCUUCCGGGGCCUUCCUGCUCAACCAAGCCUUCUGCGAGGCCAUCCACAUCCCCACGGAAAAGCUCAUGCGGACCUCGCCUUUCUCUCCCCACCGAGCGUCAUCUGCCCGCCAGCUGUGCACCGGCCCCUCACCUCAGCACCUAACCUGCAACGGCGUCUCCCUGGAGCCUCUGGCUGAGGGCAGGCCAGGCUCAGAGCCCAGGGCACUGGAGGAGCACAUGGGAAAGCUGUGGGCCACGGUGGUGGCGCUGGCCUGGCUGGAACACAGCUCAGCCUCCUACUUCAUUGAGUGGGAGCUGGUGGCUGCCAAGGCUAACUCGUGGCUGGAGCAGCAGGAGGUACCUGAGGGCCACACACAGGCCACACUCAAGGCUGCCGCCCGCCAGCUAUUUGUGCUCCUGCGGCACUGGGAUGAGAAUCUGGAGUUCAAUAUGCUCUGCUAUAACCCAAAUUACGUGUAGAGGGGAAGGGGUUGGUGGUGGGGCUGGAUGGGCCAUUCUGGCCUGGUGAGGAACUUUUUGAUGCUGUAGCCAAUACACUGAAUGCUAGAAAGAGCCCUGAAAUGGCAGCCAGGAGGCCUGAGUGCCAGCCCAACUUUGCUACCACCUAGCUGUGCAAUUGAGGUCAGUCCCUGUCGCUGUUUGAGUCUCAGCAUCCUUCUCUACCAAAUAAGAGGCUGGGAUGAGGCAGCAGGAUGAGAUCUUUAAAUGGUUCAAAUGUUCCUUUCUGCCCAGAAUUUCAGGCAACCCUGGAGUUUGAUGCUUAGGCGAUGGCAAAUGAAAACACAGCCAAGCCUGAAUUUUCUCUGGAAGAAAACCAAAAGGGGGUAGAGUAGAGACAGUCCUAAUAAAAGGGCCAGUGGAACCCAGGAACUAAAGUAACCAGACUUACAAGCCUACAUCUAGGCAUUGAAAGACCUCCUCUUUGGAUUAUACUGGGGAUAGGCUUUUGUCCCCAAGGAGACAGUCUUGGGUACCCCACUUCCCACUUCAAAACCAACUGGAGACCCAUCCUUCCUAAUACCUUCCAAAGUUACUUGAGGGCUUUUCCCUGGGCAGGGAAACUUUUUAGUCCCAGUUUUCAGAUUUCUGGGACUUCCUGUCUAAGGAGAGGUGAUGGGCCCAGGGAGAUAGAGACCCUGAAAGCCAAAGUAUUAGCUUGAAGCUUCGGUCUGUGCAGGAACAACCCAAAGAAAUAGACCUGCUCACCGAAGUCAGGGAAGAGAGCAGGUGAUACCUGAAAUAAUGUCCAUACCUUCAGCAACUGGAUAAAGUGGACCCCAUGCACUUGUGCUGAGAAGCUAGAGAGGCACUUCCAUGUGCACUGCAUUCUGGGAUAGUGGGGUCCCUCUCCAACCACACUACAAUAUCUUUGCAACAGAAAGCAAUGCUUGACUGCAGUGCAUUAGGAGAUGUAGCUUCAGCUAGGUGGCAUGACUGGUUUGGAAAAAUGAAAGAUCAUGAAACAUCAAAGCUGGGGCUUCCUUACCCCAGACCCACCACAUGAUACUCAUAGAUUGGUGGGCCCAGCCCCUCAUUCCCCCAUGAUUGGGGAUUGUCCUUGCCCUACAGACUCCUCAGAGAUGGGCCUGGCCUCUAGGCUGAACUGGCAUAUCCCAAACCCCUCUUUGCUAGGCCUUAGCCUCUGCUCAUCAAAUUCCUUUCCCAAGAACAGCCCCAAGACCUUGACACGAGCCCUACAGACAUCCCCAUUUUGCGGAUUGUAGUUGUGUAGUGGCUCUGGCACAAGUCCAAGCCUCAUUAAGACUCAAAGAAUGGCCAAUCUACCAUAGGGGCCAGAGGGAGGGAGGAGGUGCCAACGGAUUUCCAGCAGGUAUAAAUGUGACCGGAUGUGGUGCACUGGGUCUGUCCCAUCCCACCUUCCUACCAACAUGCAGCAUCUCCCAGCAGGAGCCCUGCAGCCUUCAGUGAUCCCCGCUUCACUGGCUGGCUGGGCUCCUCUGGGAGGAACCCAGCCAGCAGUCCCUGACACUAUGCCACUGUGACUCCAGUGGAACAGGAUGCCAGGACUUGACAUCAGUGCCACCAAGGAGGACAAGAGCUCUAGGUUGCGUUACUCAAGGCCCCAAAGAGGUAUUAGGACCACAGUGUCAUCUCCUUGUGCUCCUCCCUCACCCCCCACUUCUUUAGCUAUGUGGCCUGCAACCCUAGCUUCAGAGCAAGAAUGGAGGGGGCAGUAUUCACUUCCUGGUCCAACACUGAUGGAAAAAUGGUCACGUCAUGUUCAAGUCAGAGUGCCGGGGCUCAGAUCUCAGCCUUGAUUAGUUUGGGCAGUGGCUUUGCUGCGCUGGGUGUCCUGGAGCCGGGGGUCUGCACACUGCUCUGACAUUCCCAGACGAUCUGCCUCUAAAUUUCUCCCUCUUAGGAAUGUGGAUUUGCUCCAUUUCUCCAUGUGACCUUGAACAAGUCAUGCAUGCAUGGGCCUCUUCUCCCUCUCUAACAUGAAUAGAGCCCCUGCCAGCUGGUCAGCCCCUUCCUCCAUUUUCCCAUGAGCCUGAUUCUCACUCUGUAGGCCUUAGUAUAGACAGUGACUAGGAUUUGAGGCAGUGCAGCCCCUGCCCAGGGUGACCAGUGCAUAAGCUGCUUGGACGGUGUGACCCAGAAACCCGGCGAGGUGAUGGACACACCACCUCCUUCUCCAGCAAGCCCUUAGUCCGCGCCCCUUAGACGCGCCCCUGCAGCAGCAGCCGGAGUUCAGGCCAAGCUCCUCUGCCAAGCACCCAAGUGCAGAGGAACAAAUCCUUUUUGGUUUCAAGUAACUCCAGAGCUGUGGAAGGACAUCUAGACAAGAGACAAUUUUAAGGCAACACCAGUCGUAUAGAAAUGAUUCACGACCUCGACAAUCUCCUGCCAGGAUUGCCAAGCAGAGGACUGGAGAGACUCGUGAAAGAAAAGAUAAGAGCCCUGGGCAACGAGCACUGUCUAGAGGCUAACGGGGUUGCACGGUCCACAGCCCAUGCAAGCUGGGAAAAUUUGGAUUCAUCUGAUUUGAUUUGUUAAACCAGCUCUUGUCUCCUGAGUCAUACAAAGGCACACGGAUGCCCUACACUGUCUGAAGACAGGCUAAUGGCUGCCUUCAGUGAGAAAAAAAAAAAUGAGCCAAGAAUGGAGGGCCUAACUGUUGGUCCUAAUCCCGUCACCAGCAGGCUGUGUGACUUCCGGCACAUCCUGUGCUUCCUCUGAGGCCCUGUCUCAACUUUUGGGAGAAUCACUCAAUCAGCAUUUCCAAGUGAGAUGCGAAUGAGCCACCCAUGGGAAACUGUUCCCUGGCGAAGGUACGGGGAACCACGGGGAGAACAGACUUUAGGUCAGGACGUGAUGUGUAGAUCCAAUGAGGUGACCCACGUGCAGCAAGUCCAGCCUGCUCAGUUAGAAAAUGCUGGUCUAGACCUCCCUGGGGGUUCUUUGCUUGCUGUAUCCAGCUACAAACUGGGGAGCACUGCUACAAACACGCUAGAUGCGCUCUCUGCCCCUGUGGAGCUUGGCAAGAAGCAUUUGAAGAGUCUUUCCCAUGCAGCUUCUUCCCACCCGCUGGGGUUGCAGGUGGGUUUUUCCUGACAAAUCAUACUCCCGCCCCCCCCAUCCUGUCAUGCUAGAUGUGGCUGCAGACUGGCACUGCCUGGAUGCCAUCUGCACUAAGCCACUUUAUGAGCUCACAGACCCUCACAGAUGGUUUGGGUACAGCUGGCUCCAAUGCACUUGGUGCUGUGCAGUCAGCAGUGCACCCCGGUAGAUCUAGGGGUCCCUAAAAUGGGGUGCAUGAGGUUUAACCUCCUACCUGGCAAAGGCACAGAGCCUUGUCUCUGAGUCUUCUCUCAGCAGAAGAGACCAUCUCUGGAUCGCAGGAAACCUAGGCCCUGCCCUCAGAAAAGCUCAGCAUGCAUUUGUAAAGAAGUCGCUUCUGUCUCCAGCCCACACCUGUGUUUCUUAGCGAGUCCCCAGCCUGCAGGCUAAAGGAAUGGCAUGCCCUGUGCCCCCGACCUGCACUGGCACUUGCCACAGCUAAUAAAUGGAGGAGCUGGUUCCAGGACCAGCCCUGCUGGGUUUUCCUCUGCUCUUCUUAUGUGUGAGAAAGCAAAGGUUCCCUUCCUCCUUUCUAGCUGGUUCACCUGUCAGUUUCGGUUUCUGGAAGUUUCCUCUAAGUCCUGAUCAUACCCAGCUGAGCUCCACCCUUAUUUGAGGGCCAGGUCUCUUCCUCUGUUGGCUACUGUUUCCCUCUUUCUUCCUUAUCUAGGACUCCCAAGGUCAGGGAGUGAAGAAAAGGGUGUCCCCCCCACCUGCUAGAAUUUGUGUGACAGCCCAGCACUGGCCACACCAAGUACAGUGUCUCACCACCUGCAAUUUGUCAUGUCUCCAAGUGACCCCAGACAUAAAUAUAUUCAACAUUUUCGGUGCCCUUGGGAGGGAAAAGGAAGAAACCGCCACCCCGACAAUAGACCGUAUUUUUAUUGCCUAAGCACUUGGGAAAGGUCUUCUUUUCCCCCUCACAGGGAGGAAAGAAGUCAACAACAGUGACAACAGCAACAAAAAUAUGCACAUCCCACAUCUGUAACAUAGCACACUCCACAACGCCAAUGUUAAAAAUAACUGGGGCAGAGGCGUGUGUGGCAUUUUGCAACUGGAUAAUCUGAUCCAUAGAGAUCUGUCCCCAGGUCAGGAGCUUGGCAACAGCGCCUGACCAGGCCUCCAGCCCCCUACUGCGGAGCAACCCUGACCCCUGUGUCCAGCCUGCCCCAGGCUGCUGACAGCAGCCUGUCAACAGCACUGCUUCCCUGAGUCACCUGACAAAGCGGGGGUUUCUCCUGUCCAUGCUGCAAUUCUCCUUGGCUCGGGGCCAGCCGCCUUGAACUUACAGCUGCUUCCAAGGCAAAGCGCCUCAUCUCAAUGUGCUGACCGUGGCGAUGUGCGUGGUAUAGUUUAACUAUUUGCCCGGGUGGCUUUGGCUCAAGUGGCAUGGCCGGUGCUUGUCUCUGUCAGAGCCUCAAGUGCCUAUAACGUGCUGUCCUGUCCCUUCACCUGCACACAGUAAUGUCCCUACAGUGCCUGUGACACUUCUUGUUCUUGGAGUAUAUACAUCACCUUCUUGUCCGGUGACCAAUUAUGUAGAUGUUGUGGAGGGCCAGGUCAUUACCUGUCUAAUGCCCAUGAUCCUUUGCGAACCCUGCCCUUGGGCUGUUUGUGUCUGUUCUCAAAGGAAUGGCUUCUUUGUAUAUGGUGGCUGCAGUUCUCCUUUGAGCUCAUAAAAAAACUGUCAACAUGGCAAAA